AUUCAACAGACCAGAGUAGCCAUUACUAGCAGUAACAAGAAAAAACUUUCUUAUUAUUCUUAUUCUUAUUCUUAAAAUAAAAUUCGUUUUAAGAUGGUGUUUCUUACGGUAGUGACAUUGGCAGUCGUUGUAAGUGUACUGUAUUAUUACUUCACAAGAACUUUCUCUUAUUGGAAGGACCGAAAUGUUACCGGACCGAAACCUAUACCAUUUUUUGGAAACAUGUAUAGAUCCGCCAUGCGAUACGAUACAAUGGGUGUAGUUUUUAAAAACAUAUACGAAAGUUUCCCAAGAGAGAAAGUGGUGGGAGUGUUUAGGAUGACAACUCCAACGCUCAUGGUGCGAGACCUCGACAUUUUAAAGCAUAUAUUGGUAAAAGAUUUCGACAAUUUUGUGGAUCGAGGCUUGGAGUUCAGCAAAGAAGGGCUAGGACAAAACCUGUUUCACUCCGACGGAGAGACAUGGCGAGGACUAAGAAGUCGAUUUUCACCCAUAUUUACAAAUUCAAAGAUGAAGAAUAUGAUGUAUUUGCUCAACGAUCGAGCUGAUAAGUUCGUUGAUUACGUAAGUGAGAUUAUAGCGACGACACCCGAGCAAGAUAUCCAUGGAUUACUGCAAAAGUACACAAUGUCAACGAUAACUGGGUGCGCCUUCGGUCUGGAUAUAGACACCUUUCGUGGAGAUAUUCAAACUUUAAAAAGAGUCGAUAAGGAAAUGUUUACCCCUAAUUAUGCUGUUGAGUUUGACAUGAUGUUCCCUGGUGUCCUUAAAAAGUUAAAUAUGUCCGCAUUCCCAGCGUACAUAGGGAAUUUUUUUAAAGAGCUUGUCGAAACUGUAACUACUCAAAGAAACGGAAAGCCGUCAAAUAGGAAAGACUUUAUGGAUUUGAUAUUAGAAAUAAAGAAUAAAAAACAAAUUGAAGUAGUCAAAAAGCACGGUGAUGAAGAAACCAGUACGAUUGAUAUAACUAAUGGUGUAAUAGAAGCACAAGCCUUUGUAUUUUACGCUGCCGGUUACGAGACCUCAGCUUCGACCAUGGGUUUCAUGUUUUACCAGCUAGCAUUGGACACUAAAAUACAGGACAGAUUAAGAAAUGAGAUAGAUGAAUACCUUGAGAGACAUAGCAACAGAAUAGAACUGGACACUUUAAAUGAGUUACAAUAUUUAGAUCAAGUCUAUAAUGAAACUCUCAGGAUGUACCCGAUAGUGGAUACUUUACAAAGGAAGGCUGAAAACGAUUACAAAUUACCAGGUAUUGAGGCUACAAUAGCUAAAGAUCAAGUUGUGAUCGUAUCUGUUUCGGGCAUUCACCACGAUGAGAAGUACUAUCCAGAACCAGAAAAGUUUGAUCCCGAUAGGUUUUCUCCAGAAAACGUAGCUGCCAGGCAUACCUUUGCAUAUUUGCCCUUUGGCCUUGGACCGCGACAUUGCAUUGGAAUGCGCUUUGCACGCGUGCAGUCUUGGGUGUGCAUAAUCAGAUUGCUCUCAAAGUUCCGCCUUGAAGCCGGCAAGAAUACCGUUCGCUCCUUUUCCAACGACCCAUAUCGGCUCGUGAUCGCUCCUAACAAGACCCUAUACGUGAACGUUUACCCGCGGUAGGACCUGUAGAAAUCAAUUGUAAAACUAUUUAUUUUUAUUUAUUUUAUUACAAGGAGAUAGAACAGAAGCAUGCAACUGAAGAACAAUAUGGAUAGAAUAUACGUAACUAGUACAAUACAGAUUAUGCUGUUUCCUUAAACAUAUCUCACCGAGAACAUAAGUGGUAUUAAAAUGUAAACCUAGUUUACCAUUAGGGCCUCUUUCACCAUUCCACCCAGUAAAGCGGUUAAACCAUUAACCCAAUGUGAAACCAUGGUAACUCCAGGUUAAACCCGUUAACCCCGGGUUAGUGGAAUGUGGAAUGGUGCAAGUGGAACUUAGAGUUAGACUAAGAUAAGUCUGCAAAGAUUUUGAUAUCACACGCGGUGCAAGUGUUAUUUUAACGUCAAAUAUCAUCAUCAAAUUCGUUGCAGACUGGUCUUUGUCUAACUCUAUAUUGUCAUUACCUUUUCUUUAGGAUUCAUCGAAAAUUGAUUUAUAAAUUGAUUUAUGAUUGAUUUAUUUGUUUUUUUAUUGAUUUUUAUUGAGUAGUAAGUACUUAUGUAAAUAUUGUAAAUAUUGUAUUUCAUUAGUUAAAGAAUAAAAAAGUAUGAAUUAUGUA